AUGAUCCGCGAUCCCCAAUUCUGGAAACGGUUCAGCACAGCCGUACACCAAGACGACUUGGAGAAGCAGAUCAUGACGGCUCAAAGUCCAAAGCACCCGUACGUGGCAAGCAGUUCUUCUUUUACCCCUGUACCAUUGUCUCUCGGGUCUCCCCUAUCACAAAUACACUUUCCAAUGUCCUCACCGGGACAACCACCCAUGGUCCACCUGGCCUCGCUCUCAGGCUCCACCAUAACGAGCUCGCUCUCGCCUCUCUCCGCCGAAAUCUCCUUUUCAGACGCCGACGACAAGAGCAAAGCCUUACGCCGCUCAACCCUCCAAAAAACUCCCUCGACAAAACCCCUCCUCCGCCCAAACUUUACCGGCUCAAACAUCAAACUCCCACCUACCGCCUCCUCAUCGACCUCGUCAUCACCAACAACAACAUGUUCCCCGCACCACUCCCCCCUCGACCCUCCCCCUCGCAUCCACCACCGCGCCUCCAACCCCCCUUCUUCCCCCUUCCGCCCCUUUUUCCGCGCCCCAAACAUCUCCGCCAUCUCCCUCUCCCUCAGCGGCCGCCCUUCCUCGCGCUUCAAGUUCGUAACCACCAUCACGGCUGACGCCUCACACAGAGACUCGUGGCUUGUGCGGCAGAAGCGGAAAGAGCGCCACCGCACAUGGAUCUGCUGGGCCUUUUGGAUCGCACUGCUGCUUCUUGUUGCUGCGGUUGUCACAACGGUUUUGGUGCUCAAGUCUCGGGGCAUUAUUUGA